AGUGUCUCUGGUUCCUCCUCCUAGCCGCCGGGGCAGUCACUUCCUCGCACUCUGCCACAGUUUAGUGAAGGCGGAAGCACAAACUCCCACCCGGAAGCGGAAGUUCUUGGAGAAAGCGUAGAACCAAGCGGGGAGUUAUGAACGCGCCUCCGGCCUUCGAGUCCUUCUUGCUCUUCGAGGGGGAGAAGAAGAUUACAAUAAACAAGGAUACCAAAGUACCAAAUGCUUGUCUGUUUACCAUCAACAAGGAAGACCACACACUUGGGAAUAUCAUUAAAUCGCAAUUAUUGAAAGAUCCUCAGGUGCUGUUUGCAGGAUACAAAGUCCCUCACCCCCUUGAACAUAAGAUCAUCAUUCGGGUCCAAACCACUCCCGACUACAGUCCACAGGAAGCCUUCACUAAUGCUAUCACAGAUCUCAUCAGCGAGCUCUCCCUGCUGGAGGAAAGGUUCCGGGUAAGCUGGCAUCCCCCACUGGAUCUCGACUCUGCCUUCAUGGUGUGGGCAUUUCCCACACAGAGAUGGGCUUGUGUGGUUCCCCCUACUGUUGCUGUAGCAGGUCUUUCCCUGUCCCCCAAGACGGCCAAUUCCCCCCAUGCCUCAGGGAGCUUGUUCAGAGUUGUUUUUAAAUUGGUAACUGCAGGGCUUUUUUUUUUGUAGAAAAGCCCAGCAGGAACGCAUUUGCAUAUUAGACCACACCCUCUGACACCAAGCCAGCCGGAACUGCGUUCUUGCUCAAAAAAAUUCCUGGAAACUGACAUAUUUCACACCAUUAUAACAGUAUAUCAGGUCCUCUGAAGUCCUAGUGUCUAGUCCUUUUUACUUGUGGAAGUAAGAGGAAAGGCUAUAUUUCCACUAGGAGAGGAGCUUGACAAUUAAAAAAAAAUAUUAAACCUGGGAACUUGGAGAGCCUGGUAGAUGGACUAUUAGGACAUAUUAGUUGCAACUUUAGGGGGAAUAAAACCCUUUGGUGGCAGGGGAAAUGAUGGCCACCAUGAGAGGAGAUGUGGGCAGGUAGAAUGGUGAUGUUGCUGGGACCAGGAAAAUCUAGACUUUGCUGCCCACUUGUGCAGCAGCCUUAUUUGAAAUUCUAAGCUGCUUCCUUUUUAUCUUUUUUCCCAGAGUUGUUGCUUUUUCAACUAGAAAGUAGAGAUCAGAUUGUACUAAAAGUUCUUUCUCUCUUUCUCUCAGGUUGCCAUAAAAGACAAACAAGAAGGAAUCGAGUAGUUAAAUGUCAUUUAGCACUUUCUUUGUAAAUAACUAGUUUUUCAUGUUUGUGAUUCCUACUUGUUGCUUUGUAGCUUCCAAGAAACUGUUUACUCAUUUCUGUAUAGGUUUCAUUCAGUGAUAGAUACAAUGUUUGUGGGCUAAUAAAAGUGAGAUGUGUGUUAAGGUUUUCUAAAACUUU